AUGAAAAUGCAGAGAGUCACAGCAGUCAUCCUCGCGAUUGUGAUCUCCAGUGCUACUGCAGCACAAUGGGCGAAAAUCUGCUCAAGUCAACCUGCAAACAAAAUCAGAAGCUGCGACAGCCAGGGCUGCGGUGGAUACAACAGCUCCAGAGGAGGGAGGAAGCACAAGGGAGUGGACGUGGUGUGUGAGGACGGCUCGGUGGUGUACGCACCCUUCACGGGGAACAUCGACAGGCAAGUCAGGCCCUACGGAAAUGGCAAUGCCAUCGACAACGGAGUCCAGCUUUCAGGAUCAGGAUUCUGCAUUAAGAUGUUUUACAUCAAACCUGUCAAGACCAGCGGCCCCAUCAAGAAGGGAGAGAAAAUCGGUGUCCUGCUGCCCAUGCAAACGGUCUACCGAGGAAUUACGUCCCAUGUCCACAUCCAGAACUGUGACUUGACAGAUCCUACUCCCAACCUGUAA